AUGGACUACCAGCAGUGGCGUGAUGAAUAUUGGGAAAUUUUUGACUGGUUUAGAGUUUCAAAUGAACCGCGUAUAUGGAUUCUUUUGGUUCUUGUUGAGCUAAAAGAUAGUUCGGAGCAAACUCGGGAUAUCCUUAGAGAAUGUUUAAAAGAUCUAGCAGGCGAGACAAAUGAAAUACUUGAUGCCAUGCAAAACAAUCCUAAUGAAUAUGUAGAAUCAAUUAACGAAUGUCUUAACAAAUGUCAUCACUGCAUAUUAACACCAGAUGAUGUUGAUUUGAGACUUUCACUUUUAGACAAAAUAGUGACUGAAACGGAGCUUCCUAAUAAUUUCUUAACUUCUUUACAUGAAUUUACAGACUCCCAGCAAUCAGUUUUAAGAACAAUGGUGCAUCAAAAUAUUCAAGCAAAAGUUGCUUUUAUUAGAACUAUAUCUGGAACUCACUCAGCUCCAGAAAAUUCUGAAGGUUAUCACUGUACCAACAAUCCUUACUACAGACAAUUAAAUCUCAAAUGCAGCAAUUUAUUAGCCAAACACAACGAAUUAUUGACAAAUAACAAUGCUAAAAGUUCAAAUUUCGGUUAUGAAGAUGGAGAAACUUUGCCGCAAAAAGUUAGCAAAAUGAAUGAAAAAUUUGAACGUGAAUUCGACCAAAUAAACGAACAACUUUUAGAAAAUAAGAAAACAAAUAUUCAGAUUUUAGAAAAUAUGAAAGAAAAUAAGAAAAUAGAUGAACAACUUUUAGAAAAUAAGAAAACAAAUAUUCAGAUUUUAGAAAAUAUGAAAGAAAAUAAGAAAAUAGAUGAACAAGUUUUAGAAAAUAAGAAAGUAAAUACUCAGAUUUUAACUCAGAUUUUAGAAAAUACGGAAAAAAUAAAGUCUAUUGAAGAUGGAUAUGAUCGUUUAUUUAAAGAAAACAAGUUUUAUAAACAAGGUUUAGAAACCACUAAAAAUGAAUUAACAAUCGCCGAGAAAAAAGUUUUAAAUUUACAAGCUGCACUCGGGGAUGCUACUAAUGUUCGUUUGAGUGACGAAUCCUCGAAUAGUUCUCUUCAAUUAGGAAAAGAUAUCACUAAAUUUAAAAAAUUAGUAGAGGCUUUUGUUAAAGUCAAAGGAAAACAAGUACAAAUCAAAGAGCAAGCAGCAAAUAGUUUAUUAUCAGAAUUUGGAUUUAAGAACGAUAAGGCAACUUUUAAGGAUGUUUUGGGAUUCAUCCUUCAAAGGAUAGUAAUUGAUAAAGUAUUUUCUGAGAUAGAAAAAAUAACAUCAUACAAAGGCAAAAACGGAAAUUUCAAUUAUUUAGAAGCAGCAAUUAUAGAUUAUACUAAUAAAAUAAUUGAAUGGACCACUAAACUAUCUCAAACAAGAGAUGGAGAUGAUCACGUUGCCAAGAUGACUCCCAUCAAAAUUCGACAACAAAUAUAUGAAACACUUACAUUGCGUGGAUUCAACACUUCUGAUGAUGCAUUUAUUAAUUCAAUCAGGAAUAGUAUUAUAAAUGAGAUGAACGAAUAUCGUGAAAUUUUAGGUGAAGACAGAAAUAAGAAUGUCAUUAAGCAUGCUGAUGAAUUAGUACGUUUCGGUAUUAAACUGUGGUUUCGUUUGAAAAUUCAGGAGCCUAUAGUAGAUAUUAAAUGGUAUAAACCAGAGGAAGCUGUCAAUACCGAUUUCAUGGAAGGACCAUGGGAGAUUGACGAUAUAAAUAAUUAUGGAGUAGAACUUUGUUAUUUUCCUUGUAUACUAUCAAAUGGAAAGGAAACCGAAAUUUAUUGCAAAUCUCAAGUUACAAUUCGAAAAAAAUCCAGAUCGUGGAUUCCAGGGCGGUAA